UUCGUUUAGUAGUUGUAGAGAGAACGCCAGUAACGUGUCUUGUCGUGAAUCAAACGGAUCGAGUGUUUUAAAACAACGGUAAACAUGUCCAUAAAAUCAAUAAAAUUACUGUUUUAAACACAAACCUAAACAACAUUUAAACUAAACCGAUUAAAAAUUAUACCAACACAAAGUUUCUUAUAAAAUUUAUUAAAAACCAGUGAUUAGAUCCGAUAGUUUGCUUCAAUCUUUGGUAUUUAAAACCUCUACGAAAAUGUUUUCCCUUCAUCUUCAAAAACUUAUUCUUAUCUACACACUCAUCAACAACGUUCAACCUCUUCCCGACGGAGCACCACCUAUAGUUUGCGCUACAAUGAUGCCAAAUCACAGUGGAGUCACACCUCAAACAACGGAAUCUCCAUAUAUUUUACAAUUAAAACCGAAUAUUUUGGGUGUUUUGGUUACGAUAGGUCGCGAAGACUUCGAAGGUUUCAUGUUACAGGCACGAAAUCCAAACGGACAAAUCAUCGGAACGUUCGAACCAACUCCUAACUUAAUUAAAACUAUAGAUUGCGACGGAUCCACGGAUAAUAGCGUUACUCAUUGGUCGACGUCACAAAAGAAGAAUUUAGAAAUUCAAUGGCAUUCUAAUAGUUAUGAAGGACCUGUUACUUUUAAUGCUACUGUGGCUCAAAAUUACGCAACUUUUUGGGUUGGAAUUCAAUCCCCAACAAUUCAAGUAUCCCGUUCUAAAAUAACUUCAAACACCACGCCGUACUUUAAAGCUGAACCAAAAACGGAAUCAUCAACAGAAUUUGAUCCAUUUUACGACGGUUGCGGUACGAAGAAAACUUGUUUUGGUGCCCCAGAUGGUUGUUUGCAAUCAAAAAAUUGUAAAGCAAUCGUUGCCGUUAACGUUUACGGGGAACGAUACGAAUUUGAAUUAAAAUCCCAUAAUACAGCUUCUUGGGUUGGAGUCGGUUUAUCUCAAGAUGAUAAAAUGGGCGAUGAUUCAGUGAUUGAAUGUGUUAAGGAUUCUUCCGGCGGUGUUCAAGCAUACAUGUCUUGGACGAACCCAAGACCAAAUUUGGGUGUUUUUAGGCCUAACGAUCAAAGAGGAAUUAAGUUGUUAAGUUCUUCGAUUGAAGAUGGAGCGAUUUUUUGUCGAGUACAAAGAGAUGCUAUUACAACUGUUAAUGAUGUACAGUUUGAUUUAGUUAAUACGAAAUACAAUCUCUUGGUAGCUGCUGGUAAAAGUAUUGAUGCGAAUAAAGUUGGUUAUCACGACGUUUCUCGAUUGGCAAGUGGUGAUAAAUUAUUGUUAUCGGACAUUUCUUCGUUGGAGGGAGCUUCAAAAAUUUUAUUAAGAUUACAUGGAGCUUUUAUGUUAGCUGCUUGGUUAGGGACUGCUUCAAUUGGGGUUUUAUUAGCAAGAUAUUAUCGACAAACUUGGGUGGGAACUACAAUGUGUGGAAAAGAUUUAUGGUUUGCAUGGCAUAGAUUUUUUAUGAUAUUAACUUGGUCAUUAACGAUAGCCGGAUUUAUUUUAAUUUUCGUUGAAUUAAAAGCAUGGUCAUCAGAAGAUAAUCCUCACGCGAUUUUGGGUAUAAUAACAACGAUUUUGUGUUUUAUCCAACCAAUUGGGGCUUACUUUAGACCACAUCCCGGUACUUCAAAGAGGCCCAUUUUUAAUUGGUUGCAUUGGUUGUGUGGAAAUGUUGCUCACAUUCUUGCAAUUGUUACCAUUUUCUUUGCUGUAAGACUGACAAAAGCUGAACUUCCAGAAUGGAUGGAUUGGAUUUUAGUUGGAUUUGUAGCACUACAUGUUAUUAUUCAUAUUGUGUUAUCGAUAUUGAACGCUGCUUCUGAAAAACAAGCUGAAAGACGAGUAACUUCAUUUCCAAUGAAGGAUUUAGGUGGGUCAGGAAGGACUUCUGCUUAUUCUGAUAGAGGAGGGGAUGCACCAUAUUCAAAAUUAAGAAAAACGUUAUUGGCCCUUUACAUCAUAUUAAUCCUCUGCAUCGUGAUAGUUUUAGUUUUUAUUUCUGUUGUUGCACCAGUUGAAGCAUUCUGGGAUAAGGUGAAGUCGCAAAUACAAACCGAUGGCAACUAAAUAAUUAGUUAUUAAUCAAAAAAGUUAUCAGUACUUAAAUCUUACUUUUUUAAGUUGAGUGUAAUUUUCUUUAUUUUUAUUUCUUUAUCCCUCUAAUACGCUGCAGUAUUGUAAAGUUUAUAAACUUAGAAUUACGUUCAAAUAAUUCCACGAGUUUUUUAUUACCUUCUUUUUUUAUUUAUUACUACUUAAACAUUUUUGUUUUGUACAACCAUUCUUGUUAUGAUUAGUGGAUGCAUUUAGUUUAGAUUGAUGUCUUGUUUUAUCUUGUAAAUAUAUGAGAAAGAAAUACAUUGUCUACAAAUUGUA